AUGGAAAUAAUUAAUGGAAAAAAGCUAGUCAAGAGGGACGGCUCAACGUUGGACGCUGAGUCUGCUCUCUCGUCAAGUUCUGUAAUCGGAUUCUAUUUUUCUGCCCAUUGGUGUCCUCCGUGCCGAGCUUUCACACCAGUCUUGGCCGAUUUCUAUGAUGCUUUGCGUGAUGCUGGGGAAGGAUUCGAAAUUAUUUUUGUCUCGUCGGACCGAAGUGAAGCGGAAAUGUUGAAUUAUAUGAAGGAUUCCCAUGGUGACUGGUUCGCCGUGCCCUUCAACAGCGCCGAAGUCAGGGCCCUGAAGGAGAAGUUUCAAGUCAGUGGCAUCCCAUGCUUGGUUAUCUUGGGAAAGAACGGACAGUUGAUUACCAAAGAUGGCCGUUCCGCAAUAAAUUCUGUUGGCCCAUCGGUGAUGUCGUCUUGGAAAGAAAUGGCGAUAUAAUCGUGAUGCGUGUUGUCUGAUCGCGUUUAAGUUACGGCUUUUAAAUACUGCACCCGAUAUUCUUCAAUUGCUUCUGCCUCGUGAAAUAAAUUCACUGGCGAUUUCUUCGUUUUCUGGCUUGAAUUGAACGCACACCUUCAAGCGGUGCUACUUUUGCUUCAGAUUCAAUAAAUUCGGUGAGGGAUGAA